AUGAGUGACGUCUCUUCUGAACUGGAAACUUGGAUCUCAAACUACUGCUCCCUCUACGGCCAUGACUACUUUGUCGAAGUAUCACAAGAGUUCAUCGAAGAUGACUUCAACCUGACCGGGCUAAGCUCAAUAGUGCCGUUCUACAGAGAAGCCUUAGAUAUGAUAUUGGAUUUUGAACCUGAAACCUCCAUAGCCGUUAGUGAUAUGGCGUUGGUACAGCACUCUGCAGAGCUGUUGUUUGGACUCAUCCAUCAAAGGUUCAUUCUAACAAAGAUGGGAUUACAGAUGAUGGCCUCGAAAUUCGAACAGAAGGUAUUUGGAGUUUGUCCUCGUUAUCUAUGUGAUGGAAUGCACCUAUUACCAGUGGGCACACAGGACGUACCAGGGCUUGAAACCGUCAGACUGUUCUGCCCGUGCUGUGCCGACAUCUAUCUGCCAAACUCGUCACGUUAUCUGAACAUUGAUGGUGCCUUCUUCGGAACAACGUUCCCUGGCAUGUUCAUGGAUAAGUAUCCGGAAGUGGUAAACCAAGCAAAGCUCAGAGGUAAACAACAGUUCCAACUAAAGCUAUUUGGCUUCAAAGUAAAUGAAUCAUCACAAGUUGGCCCAAGAAUGAAAUGGUUAAGACAGGUGCCAAAGAAUGAACAAGAGAGAAGAGAUUACGAAGAAUGUGCCUACGCAAUUAAGAACGACUGA